AGACACAAGAAAGAGAAGUCCUUCCAGUUUCCGAUAUCGCGAGAGAACGAAGGGUGCGAGAUUAUCAUCAGCUUUGUUCGAAACAUACACAUAUACCAGCAUUGUCACGCGCUCAAACAUCAUAACAGUAGUGUCAUUCGCACGGUUCAGAUCGGGGUUUACUUGUUUGACUGGGUUACGUGAUUAUCUCAAGAGAGACGAGAACAAUCUCGCAGAAACACAGCACGCAUUACGGACAGUUUACUAAAACCGGAUAAAUAAAUAGAAAGUUCGUUGGAAAUCUGGGAGCAAAAAUGCGUAUGGAAAAUACAACACAGAGAUAGUUUGAGAAUACGAUUGAGAAUAGUGUAUAGCAGACGUGUAAAGUAUUGACGAGAAGACAAAGAGAAAAUACUUCUCAUGGAUUUAAGGAAGAGAAAAAUUUCUUCAGACAUUUCGUCAGAGCCGUCCUCCUCCAGCAAUGUCAGCAAAAGCGUUAAAACCACAAUUUCUGACGAAUCAUUAAGUAAAGAUCAAAUAGAAAAGAUAGUAAAAUAUAUUUCGGAGAAACGUUUUGUGACGAAGAUGACCUAUUUGCAACUUCGAAAGUUAGAGGCGUUAAGCAAAAAUGAAAACAAUAUUACUAUCUUAGUGUGUAUAUUUAAACAUAUGAAUUCGUUAUUCAAAAACAGUCAAAUUUCUAAACAUCAAACUGACAGUACCUACAUUAGGGCGAAAAUGUUGGAUAUUAUGAGACAAAUUAUAAAUGAAUUAGCAGAUGAAAAGAAAAAGAUGUAUAUCGAGGAAAUAAGCAAUAAUAUGUAUCUUGCUAGAUUUAUUUUGGAAUAUUUUGAUCUAAGUGAAAAUAAGAUCACGAUACAAAAAAUAAUUUUUCAAUUUCAAACAUUGAUAGUGACUCACGUUAGAGAAUCCCGAAAUAAUCCGUCAAAUUGGGAAUUUCACUUGCUGCAUUAUAAUUAUUUUGUCGGAAACAACAUAAUAUGUUUAUUGCUAAAUUCUGCUAAAGACGAUGGCGUGCUGAUGGAGGGAAUAACGAUGCUUGAGGCAUUAUCUCAAAAUAUAUCUAUUACAACCGAUUUCUUAAAACAUAUGUUUAAUUUAAAUAACUUAGCGUUCACAGCAAUAAAGUGUUUUUGGAAAUAUGACGCUACACAACAAAUCCAAACCGACACAUUCGCCCAAUCGUUGAACUGGUGGAAGUUUACAAACAAGUGGCAGAACUUAAUUAUCAACAUCAAUGGUAGAAGUUUAUUUUUACAUGCAUGUGAUGACAUCACAAAUAUAACAUACGAAAACUUGUGUAUUUUGAGAAUCGCAAACUACAUACUGCAUCGUAACAAAGAUUCACUCGAGUCUUUGUCCAAGAAGACUUUAGCAAUGUCUUAUCCCGCAUUGUACAAAUGUAUACUGCUAUUGCAAAACAUUCCACUCACCGUGUACACGCCACAAAUUGAUCGCUGUAUAACAACAAUCUUACAAUGUCACGACUCGAGGCUACAAAAAACGAUUGAAAGUAUAAAUGAAAAACAAUCGAAAACGAACGACAAAAAUUUACAGACUUUACAAGACGAUAUAAGCAUAAUGGAGCAAUAUUUUUACAACGUAAACAAAAUGAGGCAAUAUUUGGAAGAAAAGCGAGAAUAUUGGAAUCAGGAGCGCAUUCACAAAAUUAAGCUUGAGAAAGCGAACUCUAACGAAAUUAGAUAUGAUGUCGACUCCAUAGACAUUAAUGUGUCACAAGAAGCAUUCGAAAGGGACAGGAUCAAAAUAUACUAAUUAUUAUACUCAAUGGUUUAAUUUUAUUUUUUUAUUUUAUAAGAACAAAUAAAUAACUAACUAUAAAUCACAUGUUACAAUUAAUUCAAACAGAAUGCGAUUUAUAUAU